CGUUCAUUUCUUUCUCCACCGAGUGAGGGGAGAGAGAGAGAGAGAACAAAGUGGAGGUCAAACCAUAAAGGGAAGAAGGAAAUCAGUGGAAAUUUUGGAUGCCUUUUUCUUACAUGUUGAGAUGGGUAGCAGAUGAUGAAGCACUGAUCGGCGGAAGGAAUCGAGAUGGUAAUUUUGCUUCUCAGAGAGGCUUUUUGUGUUGGAAUCGGAGCAAUCUUUGGGCUUCCAAGAGUAAUCCCUGAGGAAAAGGAAGCAAUGGAGUAAAUCUUGUAUCUUUUGUGAUUGAUAAUGAUUAGAGUUUUUGGGAUUCUACGGUUUAUGGAAUGAUUGAAUUUUGGAUCAAGAGAUUGUUUGUGCUGGUAAGUUUGACCUUUUGAGUAAAGAUUAGGAACUUAAUUGAAGUAACAAACUAAAAAUUAUUUCCUAGUGGAGUGGAAAUGAAUCUCAAUCACAAGAGGGUUGCUGAAUCGUCACCAAGUUCGUCUCGAAUCAUGGGGGAUACUGCAAGAAAUCUCAACAGAAACCUGCCAUUUUCUCCAUUUAAUUCUGCAGCUCUACAUCAUGAUCCAAGAACUGCACCAUCUCUCCCUGAAAUCUCUCCUCCGGAUGCUCAAUCUCAAAGCUUGUGCCCUCUUAUUCAUGAAGUUAAGAAGCAGGAUCAAUCGGAGCCAAUUACCUGUGCUAAAAACCAUAUUCUGGAUUGGGAUCCGAGAGAGAUGCUAAACAACCUCUCUUUCCUUGAACAGAAGAUUCAUCAAGUUCAGGAUAUAGUGCAUUCCAUUGCUAAUCAGGAUGGCCAGUUUCCUAAUCAUACAAAUGAGCUAGCUGUACAGCAACAGCUUGUAACUGCUGAUCUCACCUGCAUAAUAAUUCAGCUUAUUUCCACAGCUGGCACCCUUCUUCCUUCCAUGAAGAACUCGCUCAUAUCAACUGACGCCAUGAUCAAUCCAUCGGGAUGCAUCACAAGCACUCCCAGUCUUUGUUUUAAUGGUAAUAUGCAGCAGAAGGAGACUAUUCUGUCCCAGAGCACAAAAGCUUCAGAGUUUGAUGAGCUUAUCAAAGGCUUAACUGAUUGUGGAACUGAAGGAGAUGAGCUAAUCAAAUGUUUGAAGAACAGCAGGACUGAAGUGGCAGAGACUGCUGUCAUUGAAGAUCAGGAUUUGAAAGAUGUUGAGGAAAGUGUGGAAGGAGAAAAUCUUAUUCCAGGUUCAUAUGAAGUCUUUCAGCUAGAAAAAGAGGAGAUUUUAGCACCUCAUACACACUUUUGUAUGAUUUGUGGUAAGGGAUUUAAAAGAGAUGCAAACCUCAGGAUGCACAUGAGAGGCCAUGGAGACGAGUACAAGAGCGCUGCGGCUCUUGCAAAACCAACCAAGGAACUGAACUCCGAGCUGAUGCCUAUCAGAAGAUACUCGUGUCCCUUCGUCGGUUGCAAGAGAAAUAAGGACCAUAAGAAAUUUUUGCCAUUAAAGACCAUUCUCUGUGUGAAGAAUCAUUAUAAAAGGAGCCAUUGUGACAAGAAGUAUACAUGCAGUAGGUGCCAUAGUAAGAAGUUUUCAGUUCUUGCUGAUCUGAAGACUCAUGAGAAGCACUGUGGGCGUGAUAAAUGGCUUUGUUCGUGCGGAACGACGUUCUCAAGGAAAGAUAAAUUGUUUGGGCAUGUUGCUCUUUUUCAGGGUCACACGCCAGCUCUCGCCAUGGAAGAGAGCAAAACUUUGGGAGGAUUAUUAGACCAUGGAAAUGAUGAUGAAGAAAAAGCCAUUGUUGGUAGGAGCAGCUUGGAUGAUGCUAAUGUUUUAGAUGUUAGAGAGGAUGGCUUGUUUUCUCUUAUGAACUUUGAUUCCUAUAACUUUGGAGGUUUUGAUGAAUUUUCGCGGCCCGGAUUCAAUUCCUCUAGAGGUUCGUUUUGUUUUGAUGCAUCUGGAUCAGAUAAUGGAGCUUUAUGAUGAGAAAUGGUGUGAAAUUUAGUUCCAAUAGCUUGGGAUGACAGCAAGAGCUUUUGCUGGUAAACUGAAGGUUUCUUCAUGACUGCUAUUUUGAAGAUUAUAUUGGUGCUAAUAUCAUGUAUUGUUAGUUUAUCUUUAGUAAUAUAAUAGUUGGAUUUAAAUGCAAUAAAAUUAUAAUGAUUUUGAUC